CAUUCUUCUACUCAGUUUCAGCAGAGAGCAACGAAAAUCAGCGGAAGCACGGAACAAAGAACAAAUCCAGAAGAAGAUUCGACAGGGCAUUGCAAAGGGAAGAAGAUGCAGUAGGGUUGUGUGUUGGUGCUUGUGUGUUUAGAGAGCCACAAAGCCAAAGACCUACUUCAUCAGUGGAGGUCCUUUGAGGAACAAAUCAGAGAUGGUUCUUCUUAAAGACAUUGUGCCUGCAGCUCAGAACAACAUAGAGACUAAGUUUAUAGUUUUGGAGAAAGGCAGCACAACGCUAGAAGGGAAGAAUAGGAUAUGUUUGACUCUUGUAGCUGAUGAGACAGCGGCAGUUCAUCUUCAGCUUUGGGGAGAUGAAUGCGAUGCUUUUGAUUCAGGCGAUAUAAUUCAUUUGACCAAAGGAAUUUUUUCCUACCAGCAUGGUAAUCUUAUACUCAGGGCAGGCAAGAGAGGGAAGCUAGAGAAGAUUGGAGAGUUUACCAUGUCCUAUGUUGAGGUACCAAACAUGAGUGAGAUUCAUUGGAUUCCUGACCCAAGUAAUUCUAAAAAUUAUAUCCAGGACUACAUAAUAUCUCCCCAGUCACGCAUCUUCCCUUCAAUUCCAUAGAGGGAUGUGCUCUUAUACUUGCCACAAUUUUUUUCAGAUUAUGAUUUUCAACAUAUUUUAGAUAAAAAAAUAUAGCUUUUAUUUAAGUACUUCUGUUUAUUAUGAUAGGAGGACAACCUUCUUUUUUCUAUUUAUUUUAUCAUUUGGUGGGUGAUGUGAUGGAAGACAUUUUUUAGAUGAAAAAUUGCUGACAACUGCAUCAAAAGGAUGUUUUCAAGUGUUUUCCUAAAGGUGAUCCUGAUCUGGUUCAAAGAGCGUUUCCGUGGUUUCAAUUUCAGCCAGUAUCAAAGUGACGUUUUAAGAAUUUAUUCAAAUAGUUUUAGGCAUCUUCAUUCAUUUAUGAUUUUUUUUGUUUAAUUUUAAUUGAGAACUUAGCAUUGUCAUUCACUUUUAUAGUAUGAUUCAAUUUCUUAUAAUCGUUAUAAAUGGAUGCAUUUUCAUUUUAAAUUGUUUAA